CGCUCAAUCUGGCAGCUACCGAUGUUGUGUUGUACACUCUCGAAUGACAAAAGGAAUUGAAAGUUGCUAUCGUUAUCCCGGUAAUAUUGAACAGUUAUGGUGAACAAAAACACAGGCCUGCAGCCCAAGAUGGAUGUCAUGUCUGAGGAUACCAUAGAAAGCCUAGAAAAUGAGUUAAGUUUAGUUGAUGGCCAGAUUGCAAGCCUUCAAGAGAGGAGGGCCCAACUCCUUCGGCAAAAAAAUAACCUGAUCCAAGCCCAAGAGAACUUUCGCCGGGCUCAGCUCCAAAAUUUCAAUUGGGAGAGUCAAGAUUUUGCUUGGUCUAAGAAGCUGACUUCGACCCUCCAAGAUAUUUUUGAUAUCAACUUUUACCGUCCACAUCAGUUAUCUUGUAUGAACGCUUUACUCUCCAAACAUGACGUGAUGCUAAUCAUGCCCACUGGAGGAGGAAAGAGUCUUUGUUUCCAACUACCAGCCUUAAUGGCCUCUGGUUUGACCUUGGUGGUAUCACCAUUGGUGGCUCUGAUGGAAGAUCAGGUCAUGGCACUUAAGAGAAAAAAGAUCAAUGCAGAAAUGCUUUGUGCUGACACACCUCGAGCGGAAGUGACACGAAUUCUCAAUUCAAUGAUUGAUCCGGCAUCCGAGAUGAAGUUGCUUUAUGUCACUCCAGAGAAAUUGGCCAAAAGCAAGCGGUUCAUGGCCAAACUUCAAAACGCCUACAAACGAGGACUGUUUUCUCAUUUGGCCAUUGAUGAAGUUCACUGCUGCUCGCAGUGGGGUCAUGACUUUCGGCCGGAUUAUAAGUUUUUGGGCGUAAUGAAGAGCCUUUUCCCGAAAGUGCCCAUUUUAGGGUUAACGGCUACAGCCACAUCCACGGUGACCGAAGAUACGCAAAAGAUUUUGAAUCUCAAAGACUGUCUAGUUUUCAAGGCUGCUUUUAAUAGAGCCAACCUUUUCUACGAAGUCAGAGCCAAACCAAGUAACACCGAGGAUUGCAUUCGCGAGUUAGUUCAAAUGUUGUCCGAAGAGUUUCGCAAUCAAUCGGGUAUCAUCUAUACGCUCACCAUAAAAGAUGUGGAGACCUUAGCCAAAGACCUCAAAACUCAAGGCAUUAAAGCAGCACCUUACCACGCCUCUUUGGAAGCCAAACAGAGGAGUCAAACUCAUAGAAAAUGGCUGAGUGCCGAGAUCCAAGUUGUUGUGGCCACCAUUGCAUUUGGAAUGGGCAUCGACAAGCCUAAUGUGCGAUUCGUGAUUCAUCACUCCAUUUCCAAAUCCAUGGAAAACUUCUACCAAGAAUCCGGUCGAGCAGGUCGAGAUGACCAACCGGCCAAAUGCAUCGCCUAUUACAAAUUCAGCGACAUCUUCCGGAUCAGUACUAUGGUUUUCACCGAACAGACAGGUUUGGAGAAACUUUACGGCAUUGUGGCCUAUUGUAACAAUCUGGAUCGGUGUCGACGAUCCAUCAUCGCGGACCAUUUUGGCGAAGUUUGGGAGAGAGCGGAUUGCAAUGGCAUGUGUGAUAUUUGCCAAAAUCAAGACAACCAGACUGACUUGGAGGACGUGGGUGUUUAUGUUGAAGCCGUGGUUCAGAUCCUAGAUCAAGCUGCGACCACUGACUCCAAAAUGACCGCACUGAAGUUGGUGAAUGCUCUCUUGGGACGAGGGGAAGGCAAGUUUAAAGUGCUCGGAUGGAAACCCAAGGAUUUGAGCACAGACAAGGCUGAGAGGAUCAUUUCAAAGAUGUUGUUAGAAGGCUACUUGAAAGAGGAUUUCGCUUUUACGCCCUACUCCACAAUCAGCUACAUCAUUUUGGGGAGGAGAACCAUUCAAGGCAGGAGUCAUCAAUGGAGGUUUCCAAAGGCUGCUUCACCGCUUCCGAAGGUCAAAAGACAAUCAACGAAGGCUGUGGCGGGUAAAUGCCCCUCCAAAAAGGCCAAAACGUCUAAAACUGUCGUUUGCUUGUCUUCAGAUGAAGAUAUUGAUUUAAAUUGACUCGACUCCGAA